UGCUGGCCGGCGACGUGGGGCAUGGUGGGAUCGAGCCUCUGGCUUUCGGCGCCUGAGCCAGAGGUGCAGGUGAAGAAAAGAGCGGGGAGCUGCUGCGCACGCGCGAGAGAGCCGCAGGGGAAAGGUCUGCUUGCAAGAUGCUGCGGCGGAAACCGACGCGGCUUGAACUGAAGCUGGACGACAUCGAGGAGUUCGACGGCGCCCGCAAGGAACUCGAGAGUCGUAGGAAGCGUGAGGAGGUGGACGUGGUGGGAGCCAGCGAUGGUGAGGGUGCGCUGGGACUCAACACUGAUCAUAAGAGCCGGGAACAGAUGAUACAUGACCGAAUUGGCUACAAACCCCAGCCCAAACCAAACAACCGUUCAUCUCAGUUUGGGAACUUUGAGUUCUAGAGCCCAGAGGGUGGACAGUGGCAGUGCCCUGGAACCUGUGAGCUUUGGAAGAAAGCUGGAAUUUGUUUCAAGAGCCCGACAGCCUCUUUUUAGAAAUAGCAGAAGAGACUGAGCUUCUCUCCUCUAGGCUUUAAAUGGAAUUCCUCCUCAAAGCAGAGCAAGUCUUGCUUUCCCUACAAAAAUGGGAUCUCUGCCUUACGUGAUGGUUUCUUUUGUGCAACUUUGCUAGGCUGCUGUGCUUAAUAAAAUAUUUCUUUUUAACUUUGCAUGCUUCAUUGUAUAAACAUAAAUGGACAGUGAAAGAGACCGUGAGCCUUGCUGACGGGUGCAGCAACAGAAGUGAAAUUGAGCAUACAGUAUUAUAUAUAUAUUUACUUUGAGGUGGUUGUAGAGUGGGUCUAUUUACAACUGAGAGGCCCUAGAUUAUGGGGAACAUUUUUUUUCUUUCUGUUGCAUGAGAAUUUCCAACUGUUCUUAUAAGUUCUUUCAAUGCUGAUUUCAAAUCUGAAAUCGAUUUUUGUGUACAUGCUAUAGUUAUCUUUCAAUUUGCGACUUUUGCUGAUAUGUCAUAAGUGGACACUGACACAUUGAUCUGCCCUAACCACAUGGUAAUCAUUGUUUUGCAAACUUAGGUAAAGUUAAUGGGGCCCCUGACCAUCAGGUCCAGUCGUGUCCGACUCUGGGGUUGCGGCACUCAUCUUGCUCUAUAGGCCGAGGGAGCCGGUGUUUGUCCACAGACAGCGUCCAGGUCAUGUGGCCAGCAUGACAAAGCUGCUUCUGGCGAACCAGAGCAGCGCACGGAAACGCCGUUUACCUUCCCGCUGGAGCGGUCCCUAUUUAUCUACUUGCACUUUGAUGUGCUUUCGAACUGCUAGGUGGGCAGGAGCCGGGACCAAGAAACGGGAACUCACUCCGUUGCAGGGAUUCGAACUGCCGACCUUCUGAUCAGCAAGCCCUAGACUCUGUGGUUUAACCCCUGGGUCCCCUUUUGCAAACUUAUUUUUUUUCUUUAUUUUUAUAGUUUUCUAAUCUUAUAAGAAUUUUAAGGUCUUAUCUAAUAAAUAUAUAUCUAAUAAAUGUACCAAGCAAACACGUAAAUAAAUAUAUAAACCACAUGUCUGAAGCAGCAUAGGAAGACAGUCCUGAAACCAUUUUGACUCCCCAACUGACCAAAUGUUUCUCUGCAAGGAGGGGGAGGGGGUGAGAGAACCUUCGCAUUGUCUCAGGAAUUAAGUAAUUACCAUCUCAAAGGAAUGGCCAGACUACCAGAAAAGGCAAGCAGAUAAGGCAUUAUCAGAUAACCUGGCACAAAGAAUUCUGGGAGCUGCAGAUACAGUUGCUAAGAGUUGUUUUUUUAAUAGUUAACACAGCUGAUUUUGGGUUCUUGCCAAUAAACCGAGUAGCAUAAAAAUUAUAGUGGUGUUAUAAGAAUUUCGAGGUCACACAUAUAUAAUAAAUGUUCAUAAAUGUACCACGCAAACAGUACAGGAAGACAGGCCUGAAAACCAUUUUGACUCUCCCAAACUGACCAGAAUUAAAGUGAUAUCCAUCUUGUUGGAGUUUCCCCCACCCCACUGAAUUACACACACACAUUUCCACAUGACUAGCAACUUGGGAGCCAUAAUCCUGAGCCUCCUGGACAUUUCCCCAUCAAUGGUGCCAGACUGCUAGCCAUCUCAUUCACAAUGGAAGACUCCUCCAAACAAAACAGUGAUCAACUCUUACGAAAAUGUUAAUUUCUCUUUGUGUUUAGGAAUUCACACCUGGGAGGG